CCCUAGCUAACUUCCUUCCAGCGUUUCCUGAGCUGGAUGAUCUUAGGGCUUGUGAGACAGGAAAAAAAGGAAGGCGCGAGGGCGGGCGAGGGAGACAGGAUGCUUGUUUUUCGCUCCUGCAGAGCUGUCUGAAGGCCAGAUCGCGGGCCCAGGGCAGAGGACCCCGCGCGGCCCCGGGGCUGUGUCCGCGCCCCUCGCCGCGCGCCCCUGGGCACGGAGGAGAGCUCGCCCUCCCUGCGGAGCGAGGACCGGCGCCCCGGAGCCCGCGGGAGCCUGGGAGAGUCCCGGGACGCCAGGGAGGAAGUGACACUCCCGAGCGAGCGCCAGCUCCGCGCGGCCACCCCGAGCGCGCCGGGCGGCCCCUGGCCCCGAGCGCAGCGCAGCGCCCUCGCCUCGCCCAUGCGGACCCCGGCGCCGCGCAGCAGCCCGUGACCACCGGAGCCCGCCGUCCGCGGAGCCGCGCAGAGGGAGGGGCACCGAGGCAGCCUCUGCGGGACUACCUCAUGAAGAACAAGGGUGCCAAGCAGAAGGUGAAACGCAAGGGAGCCGCCAGCGCGUUUGGCUGUGACCUGACGGAGUAUCUGGAGAGCUCAGGACAGGAUGUUCCAUAUGUUUUGAAGAGCUGUGCAGAAUUUAUUGAGACUCAUGGCAUUGUGGAUGGAAUCUAUCGACUUUCGGGGGUCACUUCAAACAUACAGCGGCUAAGGCAGGAGUUUGGCUCUGAUCAGUGCCCCGACCUGACCAGGGAAGUGUACCUGCAGGACAUCCACUGCGUGGGCUCGCUGUGCAAGCUCUACUUCCGGGAGCUGCCCAACCCCCUGCUGACCUAUGAGCUCUAUGAGAAAUUCACGGAGGCAGUGUCACAUUGCCCAGAAGAAGUCCAACUGGCCCGAAUCCAAAAUGUCAUCCAGAAGCUUCCACGCUGCCAUUAUAGGACCCUGGAAUACCUGAUCCGACACCUUGCCCAUAUCGCCUCCUUCAGCAGCAAGACCAACAUGCACGCCAGGAACCUGGCCCUGGUGUGGGCUCCGAACCUCCUCAGGUCCAGAGACAUCGAAGCGGCCGGCUGCAAUGGCGAUGCUGCCUUCCUCGCCGUGCGCGUACAGCAGGUGGUGAUCGAGUUCAUACUAAGCCACGUGGAUCAGAUCUUCAACAGCAGCACUCCUGGGUCUCUCGAGAAGGAUGAAAACCAGCCCAUCGUGAAGAGCCUCACCCUGCCUGCCCUGUCCCUGCCCAUGAAGCUGGUGAGCCUGGAGGAAGCUCAGGCCCGCAGCCUGGCUACGAACCACCCGGCUCGGAAAGAGAGGAGGGAGAACAGCUUACCUGAGAUUGUGGCCCCCAUGGGUGCCCUCUUCCACACGGUCCUCGAGUUGCCGGACAGCAAGAGAAAGCUUUCCAGUAAAUCAAAGAAGUGGAAAUCUAUAUUUAACCUGGGUCGUUCUGGAUCAGACUCCAAAUCCAAGCUGAGUAGAAAUGGGAGUGUAUUCCUCAGAGGACAGCGGCUCUCGGUGGAAAAGGCUACUAUCCGGCCAGCUAAGAGCAUGGACUCGCUCUGUUCAGUGCCUGUGGAAGGAAAGGAAACCAAAGGAAAUUUCGGUCGAACAGUCACUACUGGUGGAUUUUUCAUUCCAGCUACGAAAUUGCACUCGACCAGCACUAGCAGCUCCUGUGACCUCAGCAAGCAGGAGGGUGAAUGGGGCCAGGAAGGGAUGCCUGCAGGGGCCGAGGGGGGCUUUGACAUGAGGGGUGACCAAAGCCAACUCCAGGGCGCUCAGGUCCGGGCCCCGCCAGAGCAGCUGAAGGUGUUCCGACCAAUCGAGGAUCCUGAAAUUGAGCAAACGGCCCCAAAGAUGCUGGGGAUGUUCUACACCUCAAGCGACAGCCCUGGAAAAUCUGUCUUCAGCAGCAGCCUUUUCCAGACGGAGCCCUCACCGCAUCAUCAGCGCAAGGCACUCAAUAUCUCCGAGCCCUUUGCGGUGUCCGUGCCCCUCCGAGUGUCCGCAGUGAUCAGCACCAACAGCACCCCGUGCAGAACACCCCCCAAGGAGCUGCAGUCCCUCUCCAGCCUAGAAGAGUUUUCCUUCCAGGGUUCAGAGAGUGGAAGCUGGCCCGAGGAGGAGAAGACACUGGGACCUGAGACUUCUACAGCCCCCGUUGCUAAGAAUGCCACUUCUGAGGAUGCCUCACCCCAUCCUGAUGGCCAGGUGAUGGUGGGAUGCAGCCAAAGUCUUUCCCUGGAGCCAGUUGCCCAACUGGAGGAGAAGAAAACCUCAGAACCUGACCUGGCCUCUCAACAUUCAAGGGAAUCAGAGAAGAGCACAAAACUGGAGAAGGCGGAGGAGGAGGAACAAGGGGCCGGCCUGGUGGGGGCCGCUGCUCCUCCAGAGAGCCCUGGGGCCAGAGCUGAAGCAGUGUUUCUACGUGAGAUGGAUGACGAUGAACUGACCAGCCCCCUUUUCUGGCCCGAGAUUCAACAGGAACUGAAAAUCAUCGAAUCGGAAGAGGAGCUGUCCUUGUCACAGCCCCCUGCUCAGAUCAGCCCAGCUCAGGCAGCUCUGGAGCCCAGCCCAGCAUCCUGUCCUUCUCCAGAGGCUCCUGGGAACUUGUCUUGUGGCUCCACCCCCACUUCAGUUUCUGCCCCUCUAGAGGCAUGGACUAGGGACUCAACCAAUCAUGACACACAGGGGGCCGCCAUGGAAGUCAGUAGGGAGAAGCUAGAGCCAAACUGCAGUCUCCAUAAAUAUAAGCAGGAGCAGGGCCUGCGCCUAGACCGCGCCAGUCUGGCUCAUCUGGAUAUAGUUCCCCUCGAUGUGUCUCCACGGGCUAGAACAGAGGUAGCAGGCCUAGGGAAUCUCUCAUCCUUGCUCCCGCCUGCUCCUCCCCCUCCGACUCCUCUGGAGGAGGCUCCUCAAAUCCUGCAGUCAAGUGGGAGCCCUGAGAGAGAACAUCCCUGCGGGAAUCUGAGCAUCAGUCUCUAUGUAGAGCAGCUGAAGUCCACAGACAACCCUGGCAUCUCCAGAGCCCAUCAGGGAGACAAGGCAGCUCUGAAACAAAGUGAAGAGCAAGAUUCAAAGAAAGCUGCUCCUGAGGCAAAAGGCCCUGGUGUCUCAAGCCCAACAAAGGAUGAGAUUUCUCCACCAGGAGAGGGAGAUGGGGCCCAUUCAGUACAAGAGCCUUCAGACUGUGACGAAGAUGACACUGUGACAGAUGUUGUUCAGCAUGGCCUGGAGAUGGUGGAGCCCUGGGAGGAGCCCCAGUGGGUAACCAGUCCCCUUCACUCUCCCACCCUGAAGGAAGUGCAGGAGUCCCGGAUGCAGAAUCCCCAGAGCCACCGACUGGAGCGGAGGCUGACCCCCAGGCCCGGCCUUCACCAGAGCCACUCCCUGGACAGCAAGAGCUCCAUUUCCACCUGCCAGUGGCCUCUCCACACUCCCUCCUCUAGCAGCUGUGCUAAUCUCAAAACAGAGAAGAAUUUUGACUCUCUGCAGUCUCCAGCAGCCAGGAGAGAGCUGAUUGGAUUGGAUGAGAAAGCCCUGAGGCCCUUCAGAGACUUCUCUAGCUUGAAAGGAGCAGAGGUUCUUCCCAGCCAGAGAGGACCAACUGAUGUACAACCCAAACCAGCAGGAACCAGCCCUGUCAGUCUGGCAGAGAGAAAGGAGUUGGGGCUACACUUGGGACACAGCAACCCAGAGGUUAAGCAAGGUGAUGUUGCUGGGUUAGACAGCAGCAAGGAGGAGUCCCCCGCUGUGCAGAGCAGCACCUCAUCCAUAGAGCACCCCCCACAGUUACAGCAGAAGAACCCUGACUGUGGGCCUUCCAAAGGGAAAAACAGGCCUUCUUCCCUCAACUUGGACUCUGCUGUUCCUAUUGCCGAUCUCUUCCGCCUUGGGAAUGGGGCCUCAUUUAGUUCACCUGGAAUGCAGCUCUCUGAGCCGGAAGACCCCAAGGUCACCUGGAUGACCUCAUCUCACUGCAAAGCAGACCCCUGGAGGGUUUGCUCCCAGGACACCCAGGACCUGGACGUGAUUGCUCAUGCUGUGACAGGCCGCCGCCGUAACUCAGCUCCUGUGAGUGUGUCAGCUGUGAGAACCUCCUUCAUGAUCAAAAUGUGUCAGGCCAAGGCAGUCCCAGUCAUCACGCCCAAGAUUCAAUACACGCAGAUCCCACAGCCUCUACCCUCUCAGAGCGCAGGGGAGAGCGGGGCUCAGCCUCUGGAGGGGACUCAAGAACCACCCAGCUCUGCUAGUGGAGCCUCUCAGAACCCUGCCAGAGAUGAGUCUUCCUCUCCCCUAGACAGCCCCAGGGAGGAGAAACCAAAGCAAGACACAGGAGUCGAUAAGUCCUCACAGAUGGACCUCACUGCAUCCUGCAUGUGUGAGGACCCCUUCCCUUCUCCAGAACCGGGCUUGCCUAACCUGGUCCCCACCCAGGACGCAACGGUGCAGUGCAGAAAGCACACAUCAGAGACAGAGCCAUCUGGGGACAACCUGCUUUCUUCGAAACUCGAGCGGCCAUCUGGAGGUUCUAAGCCUUUCCACAGGGCAAGGCCAGGAAGACCUCAGAGCCUCAUCUUAUUCAGUCCUCCUUUCCCCGUCAUGGACCACCUGCCCCCUUCGUCCACUGUGACAGAUCCCAAGGUCCUGCUGUCCCCCAUCAGAAGUCCCACUCAGACAGUUUCCCCUGGCCUUCUCUGUGGGGAGUUGGCAGAAAACACAUGGGUCACAGCAGAGGGGGUCACACUUAGGAAUAAGAUGACCAUCCCUAAGAAUGGCCAAAGACUAGAGACCUCAACCAGCUGUUUUUACCAGCCUCAGCGGAGAUCGGUGAUUCUAGAUGGGAGAAGUGGGAGGCAAAUAGAAUGACAGCAGUGCACCUGCUGGGGUCUGCGAAAUUGUCGUGAUUCACCUGGACUUCAUCAUGGGCCAACUUGCCACUUUCCAGGAAUAGGCUGUCUAAAUAUGGGCUUGUUUUGGCCUCUGGUUUCUUUUUAAUUCAACCUUUCGACCAUUCAUUAAUAUUGCAUUUGCCAGAAGAGUAGUCAAGGAAAGACCGAAAGGUGACAUUUAGAGAAGUCUGUCAGCAAAUGGGAAAGGUCAGGGAAGGGAGGGGAGUGGAAUGCAUGCCUCGAGUGAAGUUUGGGGCUUGUGAGCUGCCUGACUCCCCUAACCUCUGUUGCUGCUAGGAGCUGGCUGUGAUAGUGUCCUUAGAAGGAAAGCAGAAUCCUCUGCCUGUCAGACAAUGUUGUGAUUGAGAUUUGAAAGCUUUCUCUUUACUUCGUGCUUUGUAACACUCUUCAAAGCAUGUGUUCUUUUAAAUCAACUUUUAAUAAGCUGUAUACUAUCCAAAAUAGAAGCAAAUUUGGAAAUGCAAGUGAAUGUGCACUUCGCUAUCACAGGAGGAGAACUUACCCGUGUGCUUCCCCUGGAGUCCCUGCAGGUCUGCCCAACAGGAAUCUCUGCAGCAGCACAGAAAACGUGUCUGUACUCAAGAGCAAGCCCCGACCCUAGCACAGUCCAUGAAGACUUUCUCCUCUGGCUUUCAUUAACUUGAGACUCCAUCUGCCACUGCACUGAACUUGCAUUGAUGAAUCUACAAUCUGGGCAGAGCGGGGCCUAAGCUGAGGAUUACCUUAGUGCAGUGUUGGGAUGCUUUGUGUGGGCAUGCAGUAGUGAGGGGAAGGUAUUUGGUUUCUUAACAAGAUCAGAGCCCAGGAACUGGGUGUCCUCAGAGAAAAGCCUCACACAAAGGUGUGAGUACACUGCGUACUUACUGUGUUCAAAUCGGGGAUAUUGGCAGAGAACACUUCUAGUUCCGCUUCAUGCCUCUUCCACCCUGGGUGCAGCAGCACAGGAAGGAAGGCAGGGAAAAGCCCAGCAGAGCAGGGAUCACUUUCCUUCCCAUGGAGCUACCCUCCUUGAAAACAGUCUGUUCAUCUUAGCCAGUGGGUUCCUUCUUUUUUGGGACCAGAAAUCGAACUCAGGACCUUGCACUUGCCAGCCAGGCGCUGUGCCACUGAGCUAAAUCCCUGGCCUGGUUCCUUCCUUUCUCAAGAGCAAAUUUAAGGCUCUCCUGUCCCUUCUGCCAAUUCCCCUCAUAUGCCACCCACGCCAGGCAUUCAAAUGUGCUCUUUACAAGCGGAAGCAAUAAAUGAAUCUGAUUUCUUUCACUUAUUUACAACUUCCAGUUGUUCUCUCCUUAUUAGAUGGAGAGAGGACUAAUAUACCCACUGGCAGAUUUUUGGUGCUGUCUCCAAAAAAGGCUUCAUAGGGCAACUCUUGAGGGUCAAGCCUGGACAAACUCUGUUUGCAAGUUUGGCCAUUGCAGGUAUUUUUCUAGGGGCCCACAGUACCGCAGGCAGACCUCAAGACCAAGGCCAUGCUGAGCUGGGCAGGGGCUGAGCUCAAGUUGUCUCCUCCAGUGUGAAGCUGGAAGCUGAUGCUCUGCGGUAGCUCUUUCUCUCUCUGCCCUCCCUGCCCUUCUUCCCUCCCUUUCUCUGUCCCUCCUCCUCUGGUCCUUCUCUUCCCUCUCUGAUAAAAAGCCUUGCGGCCUUGAGAUCUUUUUCUAUACCUGUGAAGCCCGCGUCUGUGGCAGGGGUAGUUGGCAGGCCAGCUGAGCACUUCUGCCUGGAGAGCGCUGAGGUGCCCAAGCACGGGGAGCAGUUAAGAGGCCCCUGGCGAGUGUCUCUGCUUUCUCACUGGGCGAACAAGACAUCGGACCAACAGCCCUAGGAGGUCAGCCCACAAGAAGAGCCCCAGUACGUAACGUUUUCCCUAGGCAAGCUAGGUAAAGAAAUAGAAUGGUGAGGGAUGAGAAAGGCCAUGAUCAGAGAUUUCAAAAGCACCUUCCUGCCUUAUCAGAAAGUGGAGCAGAGAAGUUUUAUGUCAGUCUCUGUGCAUUUGUGGCAUGUAUACUUAGAUAAGGAGUAUGUUCCAGUUAUAAUGUGAGAGGUGGGAAGAACUGCACUUUGCCAACCAUCAGGAUGCUGAGCCAAGAAAUGGAAUAUUUUUUAAAAACUACUCUAUGAAUAUUGUAAAUUUUUAUUUGUAACACUUAUAGGACAUACUUUUAUUUGGGGAUAGACCCUUAACAUAUUAACAUGUAAGGAGGUGGGCAUGGCGGCACAAGCCUGUAAUCCCAGCACUUGGGAGGCUGAGGCAGGAGAACUGCCAUGAGUUCAAGACCAGCUUGAACUACAUAGGGAGAGAAGACCUUGUCUAAAAAACAACAAAACCAUACUAACAAGUGACUUCACUUCUCAGGGUUGAGGAGCCUAUGUGGGUCUGUAAGAUGGCCACAUUUCCGUAGACCCACACCUUCUGUCUACGGCAUCCCCUCCUGGUGUGUAGGUCUGUGAUGUCAUCGUGUGGCCCAGUGACAGCUGUCUAGAGAUAGUCCCUGCUCCAGGCUCUCCAAGCCCUUAACUCUAGAGGUUCUGGGAGGCCAGCUCACCUCCCAGUCCUGCUGCUCAAGUAUGGCCCUCUCCUUUGAUGAUAUUGCAGCCUGUCAGCUGUCACAUAUGUUCACAGACUUCCUGGGGGUUGGCUCGCCUGGCGCUGAAAUUCCAUUCCAUGGCAAAGAAAACUCUUGUCUCUUAAAUUGUUCCCCUACAUGCCUUGGAUUUUUUUGUUUCGUUUUGUUUUUGGUACUGGGAAUCUAACUCAGGACCUUGUGCUUGCCAGGCAGGUGCUUGUGCUGUUGAGCUAUAUCCCCGGCCCUCCCUGCAUGCCUUGGGAUUACCUAUUUAGCCAACCACUUGGCACUCUGAGACAUGAGGCCCCUGAGAAGGGCCAGACAGGACUUAAGAGUGCUUGCUCCUCUCCAGGGCCACUGGUUGCUGGAGGAUCUACCUGAUGCCCCACCAAGGGCUGCAAAAUAAAGCUCUCCAAUGAUGGGUCCUCAGAAUGGGGGCAGCUAACUUUAAAUGUUGAUGUGAAAUGCACACAUAGGCUAAUGUUGUCUUUCAGUAUUUAUGGUUGCUUAAGAAGAUACUAACUCGUAUUUAUUUGUAAAAUGGCUCUCUCGGGCCAAUUUUUUUUCUUGUAAAAAUGGACAAAUAGAGGUUAUUUGGGUUUUUUUCUGUUUCACUUGGAAUAUGAAGAGACCUAACCAAGAACCUUAUAAAAACAGUCAGCCCUAAUAUUUGAGAUACUGACCAAAUCAAAAUUCUGGAGUUUAGGGACAAUAAAAUUGUAAAAGUAAUCACUCUCAAAUAUUCACCAAAAGCUUAGUAAUGAUGCACCAGUUACCUUAGUACUCCUAAAUUUUUGAAGAGUCUAACGAAAAAGGGAAAAGGACAAGAACAAGUGAGAUAGCCCAUAAACAACUAGAAGCAGGGUUGAGAAUCAUUAAUUACCAAAGAAGGAAAAAGGAGAAAAAAUUAACUGGGAUCUUCUUUGUUGUUGUUGCGGCUAAAAUGCCCAAUCUGGGCUUGAACUUGCAAUCUUCCUGCUUCAGCCUCCAAGGCUCUAAGAUUACAAGCAUUCACUACCAUGCUAGCCCCUGGCAUCUUUCAAAGCAACUGUUAAUACUGUUCAAGUGACCCACUGAUUUUAAAUAAUAAAGUUAAUCACAAUUGCAAAUCCAACUGACAUACCAGUGAGAUGACCAGGUGUUAAGUUUGAUUUUAAAAACUGUAGUGGCAAGCAGCUGAGAACAAGUAGUUCCAAGGUUUUGUGAGACCUGAUUCAUUUGAUUGUGAAGUUGUGUUGGACCUCUGCAAAUGAACCCAAUGGGAUCAGACUUCCACACUGGAAUUGAGCAAGAUGAGAGACUUUUGUCAUCAGCGAGUCAGCGAGUUAACUCGGCAGCUGAUGAAGUCAUAACCUGAACCGUUCACACAGCCGUUAGCCCAGGAUAAUGACAGCUGACUCCAACUGGGCAGUGCAGUCAUUUGUCUGCCAGGCCUCAUGUUCCUGCCUAAAGAGCUCCUUAAGAACAGAAGAGUCGUGGUCUGGGAUUGGAAUGGCAGGUCCCAGUAUGUCCGAUUCCCACCAGGAUGAACUGGACCCACACUCCAUCACUGCCUGUCCUGUCUGACAGGCCUGAGCCUUGGGGCUGAAGUGCUGCCAAGAGUAUCACUUUAGGUACUUCUAGUAGGAAGGUCCUUCAGCAACACUCUUCCUAGCAAACUAAGGCCAGGAGAGGCAGUUAUCUUUCCAGAGAGGGAAAGGAGAGGAAGAUGCUAGACAGGUGACAGCCUGAGGUCAGUGUUGGUCUGGGUCAUACAGAACGGGUCCACACAGACAGACUGGCACACUUAGUGACCCUGAGUAACAUGAGCAAUGCAGCGACUACUACUCUGAUGGUGAAGGGGAGCGGAGUUCGCAAUACGAAGCCACCAGUCCAUGGCCAUGUGUUUUACUGGAUGAAUCACAAUGCUCUGCAUUAACUUAAUGCCAUUCUACUUUCUGGCUUAUAAUUCUGCAAAGUAAAGCACUUUUUUCAAAAAGUCUAUUAGAAAGCCACAGGAUUGCAGCUGUUUUUUAAGCUCUACAAAUGUUUCCAAAGAUAUAAUCAAAAUGUUUUUCUAUUCAUUAAAAAGUAUAAAUAUUAAACCUAUCCAUAGAAACAUUUAAGUGUAAUUACAAAAUUAUUAUGCUUCAAAAAUGUACUCUAAUAAAUGAUAUGAAAUAUAA